CACGACUGGUGGAUGUUUGCAAGCAUCUUAAUACCUACGGCAAACACAAGCAGUAGUAGCAAGCAAACAGCCUACGGCAAUACCUCGCUGUCGAAUUCUCUACUUUGUUCUGUCCGAGUUUUUCUAGCUGGAGAAAACUAUGGAAAUAAGGAGGACUGUACUGGAUUUGCGAGAAUAUAAAAGAGAAAGGUGUAUUGGAAAAGGUGGUUUUGGGAUAGCUUUCCUUUGCAAAGGUCGUGAUGGAAAGAAGUGCGUCAUAAAAGAAAUAUAUGUCGGCCAUUUGCCGGAUGAUGAAGUGGUCACAUCAUGCAAAGAAGCAGCAAUCCUUUCAUCCUUGAAACAUCCAAAUAUAAUUGAAUACAAGAACCAUGCAGUCAUAGAUAAAUUCCUUUUUAUCGUCAUGGAAUACGCGCCUGAUGGCGAUCUCAGCGAAUAUAUUUUGAAAAUACAGCCCGAUCCUCCAGAGAAAAAGAUAGUCGCAUUGCUCGCCCAAUUGGUGGCAGGGAUAGCCUACAUCCACGAGAACGGCAUCGUACACAGAGACAUCUGCGCCAAGAAUGUUCUCAUAGGAAGAGGAGAAGUUCUAAAACUCUCCGACUUUGGAGUGUCCAAAAGACUAGAGAGCAUAUCCAGUGGAGCUGUAGCUGGAAAUCCAAUGAACUUCGCCCCUGAGCUGUGCUGGGGCGGCAAGGCGACUCCGGCCUCCGACAUCUGGGCGCUGGGCUGCCUCCUGCACCACAUGGUGAAGGGAUCCCUCCCGUUCACUGCGCCCUCCCUGGCCGGGGUGGUGAGGACCAUCGUGAGCUCAGGGCCGGUUCGCCUCCCCGGCUACUCCAGACUGCUCUGCGAGCUCCAGCGGUCGCUCCUCGCCAAAGAGCCCAGGGCGCGCCCUACGGCCGACCAGCUGCUGGCGCAUCCACUCCUCGCCAUACCCGUCUUGGAGGCUGGUCUUCCCAGACCGCUCCAGGUCUCCGAAUUUGAAUUCUAUGGUAUAUAAUAGCAGCUGAAGCCGAGGAAGUCUUGUAAUUCUAAACACAAAAUCUAUAAAGAAUUUUCCGAGGCGUUGAAUGGCCCUAAGAAAUAUUAGCAACAAUAUUGACUUGCAACACGAAGAAUAUAGCAACAAACAAUACUCCUAAAAUAUUUUAAUUAUUGAAACGUUGUAUGAAUAGAUUGUGAACUAAAUAAUUCAUAAAAAUGAAAAUAUCUAUCCAUUAAAAUAUAAUGAUUUGUUUUA